AUGGAGGCUUCCGACUGGGGCCCCUCCGGGGAACCCCCAGCAGAAGCACCCGAGGAGGGGCCCCCAGGGGCCUCUCUGCUGCGGCUCUGCGUGCUGCUGUGGCUAGCCCUGUUUGCUGUUGCUGUGAUAAUUCGCUACGCGCUGCUGCUGCAGCAGCAGCAGCUGCCAGGGACCGGCAGCUCCGCUGCUGCUGCGACAGCAGCAGCAGCAGCUGCUGCUGCUGCAACAAAGGAAACGACCAAGGCCCAGGCCUUCAAGGCCCACGUUGCUCUCCUGAGGGCAGUCUUCAGAGAAGUGCGCAGCAGCAGCACAACUGCAGCAGCAGCGGCCCCAGCUGCAGCAGCAGCAGCACUAGCAGCAGCAGCAACAGCUCCACCCCACUGUAGAUCCCGCUGCAGCAGCAGCAGCAGCAGCGCGCUUCCCGCGAGCCCUCCCAUUCCCCGCAGCAACACGAGCAGCAGCAGCACCUGCAGCCCGCCCCCGCCCCAGCAGCAGCAGCAGCAGCAGCACCAGCAGCAGCAGCAGCAGCACCAGCAGCACCACCAGCACCAGCACAAACAGCAGCAGCACAAACAGCAGCAGCACAAACAGCAGCAGCACAAACAGCAGCAGCACAAACAGCAGCAGCAGCAGCAGCAGCAGCAGCAGCAGUUGUGUGGGUGCUGCGCAUGCAGGUGGGAGUCGAUUUGGAACUACUGCUUCAACCGGGGUGUAUGUACACCUCAGUUCCCGCUGCGGCUGCUGCUGCUGCUGCUCUGCGAGCUGCUGCUGACUUGGGAAUUUGAUUCUGUCUUUGUGGAUUCUCCUUUAUCAUCUUUGGGAAUGGAGCAGUCUUUGAGCAUUAGGCAUCUUCUUGCUGCACUAACGGCCCAAAAUGCUGCUGCUGCUGCUGCUGCUGCAGCAGCAGCAGCAGCAGCAGCAGCGGACGCUGCAGCAGACGCGCCCGCAGCAGAGGAGCCGCUCAAGGGCGUUAGGCAGCUCGCUGCAGCAGCGGCGGUGCAGAAGCAGCAGCAGCAGCAGCAGAAGCAGCAGCAGCAGCAGCAGCAAGACACAGCGGAAGCAGCAGCUUCUGCUACGGGCGGAAAGCCCAACUUGGCGCAGAGCGAACAGCAGCAGCAGCAGCAGCAGCAGCAGCAGCAGCAGCAGCGAAUCCUGUUCCUGACUUCGAAUCUCAGGCGGGCGCAUUCGACUUUGCUGCUGUCGGGAGGGUCGUUGCUGUCUUCGGGUGAAUCCACGAGAAACCCCGACGGCUUUCCCCUUGCUGCUGCUUUGAGGGCCCCCUCGCUGUCUAGACUGGAGGAGACCUUGUGGGGUUGUGGGGCCCCCGGGGCUGGGGGCCCCACAGCAGCAGCAGCAGCAGCAGCUGCUGCUGCUGCUGCUGCUGCUGCAGCAGAGGUGGACCCCGCAGCAAACCGGGGGCCCCCCAGCAGCAGCAGCCGCCUCUGGCAGCGGCUGCUGCUGUUUGCUGAAGAAGCUGCAGCAGCAAAAGAGGAGACAGUUGUUGCUGUGGGCCACAGCAAGUGGCUGCUGCACUUCUUCAGGGCCUUCCAGCGGCCAGGUGCCCCCCUCGCCGGCUGCAGUCGGAAGCUGUCGAACUGCGGCGUCGUCGCGCUGCGCCUGCUGCAGCUCCAGGAUACGAAGACAGGCAAAAUCGACUACUGUAUAGACACCGACUCCGUGCGUCUUCUUCACGGGCACUUUCUCUAG